AUGGCGGCCUUCCGCGACAUGGAGGAGGUGAGCCAGGGGCUGCUGAGCCUGCUGGGUGCCAAUCGCGCGGAGGCGCAGCAACGGCGGCUGCUGGGGCGCCACGAGCAGAUGGUGGAGCGGCUGCUGGAGACGCAAGACGGCGCCGAGAAGUGGCUGCGAGAGAUCCUCACUGCAGAGAAGGAGGUGGCCCAGAGCCUCCUGGAUGCGAAGGAGCAGGCACACCAGGGUGGUGUCGAGCUGCGGCAGCUUGAAGCUGAGCUUCAGAGGGCCAGCGAGGAGGAUGCCCGUCUGAAGGCCAACCUCCUAUAUCCUUUCCUGCGUCUCACAAGAGAACUGGAGGAGCUCAAGGAGAUUGAGGCGGAUCUUGAAAGACAAGAGAAGGAAGUCGAUGAGGACACGACAGUCACCAUCCCUUCAGCUGUGUAUGUGGCUCAACUUUAUCGCCGAAUUAGUAAAAUCGAGUGGGAUUAUGAGUGUGAGCCUGGGAUGAUCAAAGGCAUCCACCACGGCCCCAGCGUUGCCCAGCCCAUCCACCUGGACAGCACCCAGCUCUCUAAGAAGUUCAUCAGCGACUAUCUCUGGAAUCUGGUGGACACGGAGUGGUAG